AUGAUUGCAGUUGCCGGUACAUCUACACGUCCUCGAACUAAUAAUAAGCAAGAAGUUGAGCAUGAAGUGGAAGAACCUGAAGACGAAUCUGGAGAAGGAUCUGAAGAAGGUUCUGAAGAAGAAUCUGACGAAUCUGAAGGAAAGAAUGAAAAGCGGAAAGGCACUCUGGGUGUUAUUCAGAUUGAAAAUCCUAAUUUGGUACAGCCAAAGUCCUUGAAAGCUAGAGAUCUUGAUGUGGGGAAAACAACUGAACUUUCAAGGCGUGAAAGGGAGCAGUUAGAGAAACAGAAGGCUCAUGAGCAAUAUAUGAAAUUGCAAGAACAGGGGAAAACAGAACAAGCUAGGAAAGAUUUAGCGUUUAUAUCCCUUAUACGUCAACAAAGGGCAGAAGCUGCCAAAAAGCGAGAAGAAGAAAGGGCUGCCAAGGAACUGAAGAAGGCAGAAGCUCGCAAAUGAACUCCUGGAAAUUGUUAUGACGAAGUUGUGUUGUCCUAGGUUCAAGAAAAAUCUACUAUU